AACUUGUCCAUAAAUAAGACCCAAAGGUCCAUCUUUGUUUCAUCAAAACAUGGGCGGCGGCAAAGGUAGUGGCGGCGGCGGCAAAGGUGGUGGCGGCGGCAAAGGUGGUGGUGGCGGAGGCGGCAAAGGUGGUGGUGGUGGAAGCGGCGGAGGAAAAAGUUAUUCUGGCAACAAAGGUGGUGGUGGUGGUGGUGGUGGUAGUAGUGGUAAGAUGAAAGCACCUGGAGGUAGUGGAUCUUAUAUUUCGAGAGCCACCUUUGAAAGCAAUCCAAAAGGUUAUUUUCAUGGCCUUCAUCAUGGUAAUGGCGGCGGCGGCGGCGGCGGUGGUGGUGGAGGUGGCAAAGGCGGUGGUGGUGGCGGCGGUAAAGGUGGGGGUGGUGGCGGCAAAGGCGGUGGUGGUAGUGGCGGCAAAGGCAGCAGUGGUGGUGGUGGCGGGAAAGGCGGGGGUGGAGGUCAUUACUCCUCUGGCGGCAAAGGUGGUGGUAGUGAUGGAAUGAUGAAAGCACCAGGAGGUGAUGGCGGUUAUAUUUCAAGGGCAGGUUUUGAAGCUGACCCACAAGGAUAUUUUUCUGAGCUCCAUCAUGGUGAUGGCGGUGGAAGUGGAGGAAAAUAAGUGUUGUGAUCCUUCAUGCGCUAAUCAAUAUAUGCAUAUGUUAUGUGUAAAAUAUAGUAUCAUGAGUGUAAAUAAAUAAAUAAAUGUGUAAUAUAUCUUUGUAGUGAUAUUUUAGUCUCUUUG